CGGCGGCAGUGCCUCCCGCGCCCUGCGACCGCCAUCCCGCGUCGCCCGCACCGACACUCCUCGUCCACACACUGCGGAACUUCCCUCACUGAAAAACUGUUCCUCCACCCGUGCCUUGCACCCUGACGUGAUAGUUGAGUGAUACGGCGAGUGUGAGUGCUCCAGCCCCGGCGCCGGUAAACAACCGGUCCAGAUCGGAGGCUGCGCCGCUGCGCGCCCGUUUAUAGUGGAAUGCGGCAAUUUUAACUACUGCAACCUCUGGAGCUCAGCACUGGGAGCCCACUAACAGCUUACUGAGAUACAGCCGCAAUGUCCUGUUAGCGCCUCCUGAUCUGCAAUACAGAUACGAAUCCAUUGUUGAAUGCAGACGAAGGUGAUGCACCAGCGAUGAGUCGCCGCGCGCGGCCGUGACAUGGGAGCGCAGGCAUGGGCUGGCGCGCCGUGCAACCGCCGCACAUCGCCGCCAGUUUACUGCUGCUGCUGCUGGGGCAACUACCAGUGACGUGCCACGUGGAGCACCAGGAUGCGGUGCACAUCACGGCCAUCCUGGGCGAGAGCGUGGUGUUCAACUGCCAGGUGGACUUCCCCGAGGACAUCCCCGUGCCCUACGUGCUGCAGUGGGAGAAGAAGGUAGGCGAAACGGGUCAGGACAUCCCCAUCUACAUCUGGUACGAGAGCUACCCGACGCACAGCGGCGAGGGCUACGAGGGCCGCGUGUCGCGCGUGGCGGCCGACUCGCCCUACGGCGCCGCCAGCCUCAACCUCACCAGCAUCCGCGAGGCCGACCAGGGCUGGUACGAGUGCAAGGUGGUGUUCCUCAACCGCUCGCCCAACCAGCACAAGAAUGGCACCUGGUUCCACCUCGACGUGCACGCGCCGCCGCGCUUCUCCAUCACACCGGAAGACAUUAUAUACGUUAACCUAGGCGACGCAAUAAUCCUGAACUGCCAAGCCGAGGGCACGCCCACUCCAGAGAUCCUCUGGUACAAGGACGCCAACCCCGUGGAACCCUCGGGCACGGUGGGCAUCUUCAACGACGGGACCGAGCUCCGGAUCAGCAACAUUCGCCACGAGGAUAUCGGGGACUACACCUGCAUUGCUCGGAACGGGGAGGGCCAGGUGUCACACACCGCCAGGGUCAUCAUAGCUGGUGGCGCCGUUAUUACGAUGCCACCGACAAACCAAACCAAGCUAGAAGGCGAAAAAGUCCAGUUUACUUGUGAAGCCAAAGCUUUGCCAGGGAAUGUUACUGUGAAAUGGUUCCGUGAGGGUGCUCCAGUGGCUGAAGUAGCGGCCUUGGAGACCAGAGUGACUAUUAGAAGAGAUGGAGCCCUGGUGAUAAACCCGGUGGCGGCCGACGACUCCGGGCAGUAUCUGUGUGAGGUGUCCAACGGUAUAGGUGCCCCGCAAAGUGCCUCCGCUUAUCUUAAUGUUGAAUAUCCUGCUAAAGUGACAUUCACGCCGACCGUGCAGUACCUCCCGUUUCGGCUGGCCGGGGUGGUACAGUGCUACAUAAAGGCCAACCCCCCACUGCAAUACGUCACGUGGACGAAAGACAAGCGCCUUUUAGAACCCUAUCAAACUAAGGAUAUAGUGAUUAUGAACAACGGCUCCUUGCUUUUUACAAGGGUCAACCAGAAUCACCAGGGGAGAUAUACUUGUACGCCUUAUAAUGCUCAAGGAACUCAGGGAUCGUCAGGUCCAAUGGAAGUGUUAGUUCGUAAGCCCCCAGCCUUUACUGUAGAACCGGAGCCUUUAUACCAGAGGAAGGUGGGAGAGUCAGUAGAAAUGCACUGCGAAGCUCAAGAAGCAGAAGGCACGCAGCGACCCAGCGUGGUCUGGCGGAGACGAGACGGCCUUCCCUUACAGAAGGCCCGGGUUCGAGCCAACGGUGGGAACAUUACUAUAGACACGCUAAGGAGACAAGACUUCGGGAUAUAUCAGUGCGUCGCUUCUAAUGAGGUAGCGACAAUAGUAGCAGACACGCAACUAGUGAUCGAGGGCACCCAGCCACAUGCUCCGUACAAUGUAUCUGGGACCGCCACGGAGUUCCAAGUCACGCUCCGAUGGCAGCCAGGGUACGCCGGCGGGCCAGACUACAAGCAGGACUAUACCAUCUGGUAUAGAGAGGCGGGAGUGUCCGAUUGGACCAAAGUGCCCGUCACACCGUCUGGAGCCACUUCCGUGACAAUAAACCGCUUGCAACCAGGAACGACGUACGAAUUUCAAGUGAACAGUAAGAACACCAUCGGAGAAGGCAUGAUGAGCAAAGCUAUUACCAUCAGAACUCUCGACGUAGGCAUCCGACCGAAGGCGGGCGAGGCGCCCGCGCCCACCGGCCCCGUCGACGAAAAGAUAUUCGUACACGCACCGGAAGGCUCGGGUCCGAAGCCGGGUACCCCUCGGAACCUGACAGUGACGGAGGUGCACAACGGGUUCCUGAUCACGUGGCAGGCGCCGCUGGACCGCGCCAACCUCGUGCAGUUCUACACCAUCAAGUACCGCACCGACGCGCAGUGGAAGACGCUCAACCGAGGCAUGAUCCGGCCGGAGGAGACCAGCUAUCUUGUGAAAAACCUAGUCGGCGGGCGCACGUACUACUUCCGAGUCCUGGCCAACUCUGCCACAAGCUACGAGAGUUCCGACGAAGUCAAGUUCCCUGUGCCCGCCCGCGUGAAGCACAAAGCCAUCACCGCCGGCGUGGUGGGCGGGAUCCUGUUCUUCAUCGUGGCCAUCAUACUGUCGGUUUGUGCUGUGAAGAUUUGCAACAAGAGGAAGCGGCGGAAGCAGGAGAAAGCAUACAACAUGGUAGCGGCCAGGCUGACCGACCUGCGCCACGCGGACAGCACUCAAGUGCCUUUUAAAAAAUUUACUGAAAGCGGAAUAUCGAGUGUAGUGGAGUGCGUGCGGUUCACGGCGCACUGGGUGUGGCCAGCGGAGCGGUGCGGCGGCGCGGCGGGCGCGCGCUGGCUGGCGCGGCUCAGCGUGAGCUCGGCGGGCUCGGCGCCGUCGCUGGCCGCGUCCAGCUCGGACGACGGCGGGUUCCUGCCGCGGCUGCGCGCGCCGCUGCGCCCCGCCGCCGCGCCGCCGCGCCUGCUGGCGUCCUCGCCCGCGCCCUGGCCGCCCUGGCCCGCCGCGUGGCCCGCCUGGUCGCCGCUGCACGUGUCCGACCUCAGCUCCGUGCCGUUCCCGAGCUCGGCCGACAACUCGCUGCCCACGCCGCCGUGGGGCGGGCGCGCCCGGCGCCGGCCGCCGCCGCGCCACCCGCGCCCGCGCCCGCUGUCCGAGCCGCCGCCGCACGAGGCGUCGCCCGAGAGCCGCUCGUCGUCCAGCGGCUUCGGCAGCAAGAACGCGUCGUCGUCGCAGCACAAGGGCGGCAGCGGCGCGGGCAGCGUGGCGGAGUGGCGGCCGCCGCCGUACCGCGCGCCGCCCGCGCCGCCGCGCGCGCUGGACGCCGGCUCCGUGGACGGCCACUACGAGUGGGACCGCGCGUCGCGCACGCCCACGCCCAGCACGCCGGCGCCGCGCCGCCUGGACCUGGUGGAGGCGCGCGUGCAGGCCAUGAAGGAGGAGUUCCAGCUGUUCCGCAAGCGCCAGGCGCUGCGCCGCCGCUCGCCCGACGCCGCGCCGCGCCUCGCGCUGCCCGCCGAGAGCGUGUGCUGACACCGCCGACAUACGCUUACUAUAAUACCUACUCAUGUACGAUACACUAAGUUACUCCGUAUGAUCGAAUAUUAUGUACGAAACGAUAGGUCUGGCGUGUAAUUUUUAAGUCCGUUGUGUUGCGAUCGUCCCGUAUUGAAUGUAGGAGCACCGCACGCACGUCAGUGGACGAAGGACCCACCGCCCGAGGGCCCCAGUGGAUGCAGCCGGCGGGGCGCCCGCCCGGCGCCGCAUGUGUCAAUUAUUGCGCGGGCGAGGGCGCGGCACUCCGCCGGACAUUUAUAACGCUUUAGGUAUGAGCGGGGGGGCAUCCACCGCACCGCUCAUACCACAUAAUAUGGUAGUUAAUAUUAAAGUAAUUAACGAUUUACAGUGGAGCGCGCCGGCCGGCGGCGGCGUAGCGACGGUACUAUCCACACUGCAACUCUAUCGCUUUACAUUUUUAAAGCACCAAAUGCACCACAUUUUAUUUAAUUUUAGAUCGAAAAUAAUCAAAUUUUAAACAGGCCUGUCCUCCGUCGGUCGCCCGCGUUCCUUUAUGAUAAAAUAUACUUGAAUAAUGAUAAGUCGUAGGUAAAUAGUAAUUAAAAAUAUGGGAAUUACAAGACGAAGUGUAUAAACUUUAGCUAUACUUUGAAAUAUUUUUAAUGGGUUUUUUUUUCAAGUACAAAUUUGAUUCGUUUUAUAUUAAUUUAUGUCUAUGUUGUAUAAUUUUUAACUAUGUAAAUAUGUAAAAACGUUAAAUAUCUUAUACACCUUUAUUUAUUUAAAAAAAUGAGGUUCUAAAAGCAUUUAGCUGAAAGUUGUUGCGGCGUUAAACUAUUUUCCAAUUAAACUUUUUAUUUACAAACUCGAGAUGUUUAUAUAUUAAAAUUAUAUGAAAGCCUAAAAGCGUUACAAACGUCCUCAGUCAAUUGUCCGAUUACCUACUUAUUUUAUAAAAUAUUUGACUGAAACUAUGCUGUAAUUUAAUUAUAUGAUUGUAUACCACGUUGCUUUAGACUGAGGCUCUUUCCUUGUCCGCCGUCUCCGACGUUGAAUGUUGUUCCUCGAUACACCCACCUUAUAAUUAAGAUUAGUUAUUCAGUCACUGAGAAGACUGUUAGUUCUGUUAAGUUCCGUGCAUGGCCCCGCGUGCACCUGGCACUUUACUCUUUGAGCCGGAUUGUGUUUGGUUAUUUCGACAACCUCCUAAUAAAUAAGUAUAAAAUGUACGCUUUAAAGAAAAUUGAAAAUAACUUUAUUCGUAACAGUAGAUUCGGUAAGUAGUGUAUGUGCGUGCAUGGGUCGCCCAGUGGGUCACUGUCGCCGCCGGUAGCAAACGCAGGGCAGCUAGUGUUCAGUCAACGUUGUCCCGUGGAGAUUGUUGCCAGUAGCCGAAAUGUUGGCUCUACGUAAUAGAGACUGUUCUACUUGGCAACAUUCAGCUACGGGACAAGUUGACUGAACACUAGUGAAGACGUAGGGAAAACGAAAAGUCCGUGGUGUUAAGGCGUUUCCUACCGCGCGGUAGUUACUUUGACUAUUCUAAGCAUGUCGCGGAAAAUAGUGAAAGUAACCGAAUGCGAGAGUAUAAAUAAGUAUAUAAUAAAUAAACACGCCGUUGUAUUUUGUAACAAGCGCAUUAUUUAUACAUAAGUUCACUGCCGACGAGAUAGAAUUAAGCUUAAAAAGAGAUGGGAUGAUGGAAUACAUUUGACAUGGACUCCUGGCCUGUCCCUUCAAACUCUCGUACUGCCGUAUAGAAAUGUAAACGUACUUAUAGAAACGUAAAGUGCAUUAUUAAAGUAAAAGCAGCGUCCAGUUUCAUGUCAAAUAUAUUUGAUUGCUGUGCCUCGACGUAAUUAUAAAUAACGACACACUCAUAGAUAUAUUUCCUGUUAUAUUUAUUUUAUUGUUUUCCUCUAGACGGACUCCAUAGAUACACGAGAUAGGUUAGAUGUUCUGAUUUGUGCAAUAGAGAUUCCCCCGUACAAUAUAUGUUAAAGAUAAUGCUCAAUUUUCGACUGACCAAUUACUGGUAAAGAUUGAUUCGAUACGAGACGUACAGAAAUGAAAGCUUUGAUAAUUGAGCUUUUGGAGCUGUUCCGUUUAAACAGAAAGGCGGUGCCGAAAAAAUAGUAAAGAGGGCCUUCGAUCCUUCAGCUUUAAUCAUCAAACGAAUGAAAUUAAAUUGAAAUAUAAGUAGUUUUGGAUUUUAGGUCAUUCUAGAAUACAUUUGAACAAGUACAAAAGUGCCAUAUUAGGUACCUAGUCGCGAUACUCAUUACUGAUAAGUAGAUGUUUACUGAAACCGCAUAUUUACUGUUUCGGAACAGCUACAAAAGCAUCACUUUGUUUUACUGUAUUGUGAUAUCUCGGAUGUCCCGAAAAUGACGGAUUUAUAGUGUAAAUAAUAAUGUACGAAGAUUUUCAUAAUACUCCAAUCGACGGCUGAAAGUAACGAACGACCACAUACCUACACCAAACACUUUAUUCAGUAGUGUAGUUAAGGUUCACAUGUGGCCUGGGCAUGGCGUGCUUUUAACUUUAAUAAUGAAAUGAAAUAAAAUAGUGAGUGAUUAUAACGUGUUCAAUGAAUAUUGAUGAUCGCAGCCAUGCGCAGGCGCACAUGUAGCAAAAAUAUUAUGUAACAAUCACGUCACCGUUUAAUAAAGGCAUUAUUGUGACACAGCCUUCUGUGUUUACGUGCUGUAACCGCAUCACCACUCAUUUCUAUCGCAACGGAACUUUGUGUGAAAAUGUAGCUUGUCGACAACUCUCAAAGACUGUCAGGACAAUUUAUUAUUAUUCUUUAUUAAAAUUGACAUUAAAAUACAAUAUUCAAUAGUAAAAUAAUUGAGUCUGAUAAUUUGAAUUGAAAUGAAAAAUGAUAAAUUUAACGCGGAUUCGCUCAUUGGACAUUGAAGCUUGUAACGUUGAACUGAGCACCAUUAAUCAAAGGGAAACUAACUCUAAGUCUUGUAACUACGUGCUAAAUUAAAACGGCACUGGUGCGUAUUAUCUGAUAUUCUAAACGUAUACAAUCAAGAGUAAUAGGUUAAUAGCUCAAACCAUGUGAUAUCUAGUCUUUUUCUAUUUUGAAGCAUUUUUCCGUUGCUUAACGAACGUGUCACGUGAUAUCGUUGUAACCGCAGACAGAUUCCGUGAUAAUUUCUGGUAUACAUUCAGUCUGACUGCUGAAUAUGGCACUAAACCUAGUCUAGCUAGGAACAUAAGUAACUAACAGCGAGAUUUCUGUAUAGUGCAAGCAGCCGACAAAAUGGAUGCCAAUUACCCGGAUCUGCUUGACAACAUUAAUUUUAUUUGUUUCAGUUUGAAAACUAAUAAAUAUAACACUUUAGCGACAUCUUUUCAUAUAUUAAAAGCACCCUAUUUCCACAAGAUUAUUGUAAAUUUAAAUAAAAACGAAAGUCACUCAAAGUCUGCAUUUCGUACCAUCAUUCGACAAUUUCUAUAGACUAAAAGGAAAAGAUAGCAAUAUUAUUAGGCUAAUGUAACUAAAUCGUAUAUCAGAUUUGUAUAAAGGAAUGUAAGUAACGAAAAAUAAGUAAAGCACACUGGCUAUAAACUUGGUCCCAAAAUGGUAUUCUUACCCUCUUCGUUGAAGAUGGCAUUUGAAGGUGGCAAAAGAAGUCGUCUUUAUACGAGUACCUAAAACUAAAGCUGCGCUCCUACAGGCUAGUAUAAGGUACUUUAGCUCUGUAGAUGGCGAUCAAAAUUGUUUCUGUGAAAUCCGUCAAUUCAUACAAACAAGUGAUCGCCGCGCCGCUUCAGGACGUCACCACGCCGUUGCCUCACGCCAGUUUCAAAUGCCACCUGCAUCGUCAUCACUGUAUCCCCUGAACAAGCACAAUAUCUCAGCACAAUAGAUGUUGAAGUCUGUACAGCAUGAUCGACCAGCUUGCCCAGCACACGCCACCGUUUUAUAGACUCAAAGAUAUUGGUUAUUUUGAUUCUUAGAAUAUUUUUAGUUAUAAGUGUUGAGGUCAUGUGUUUACUGUGUAAGCACAGAAUGGAAUCAAUUCAAAAUACAAUAAUGUUGCCACAAUUAA